GCGGGGCGGGCGUGGCGCGGACGGGCAGGGCCAGUGCUCGCAGUGGACUCAGCUAGUCCACAGGUCCUGCGCCCGGACGCUGCGCUGCGCUCCGCUCCGACCCGCUCGGCAAAAAUGUCCAGCCCCACAGAGACCGAGCGGUGCAUCGAGUCCCUGAUCGCUGUCUUCCGGAAGUAUGCUGGAAAAGACGGGAACAGCGUCACACUCUCCAAGACAGAGUUCCUCACAUUCAUGAAUAAAGAACUGGGUGCUUUUACAAAGAACCAGAAGGACCCUGGUGUCCUCGACCGCAUGAUGAAGAAGCUGGACCUCAACAGUGAUGGGCAGCUAGAUUUCCAAGAAUUUCUUAACCUUAUUGGCGGCUUAGCCCAAGCUUGCCAUGACUCCUUCCUGGCAGCCCAGAAGCGUCUCUAAAGCCCCCUGGGGUAGCCUCACGCCUUGCCCCUGCCAGGCGCUCAGUUAUCACCUCCUCCUGGCCCACACAGACCCCCAGCCCAGCCCACCCACCACUCCAUGUAGCCCACUUCUGAUGCUAGUAAUAAAACCACAGUUUGUUUUUUAAACAUA